AUAAAUAAUAUUUUACAUAUUGAUAAUAAUUAUUAUUUCAAGGAAUAUUUGACUUUUGUUAACCUUAUUAUUAUGCACAAGGUUGACCAACGUUGUUAUUAAUUGUUGCACAAUAGAAAUGCAUAAUUAUAUCCGAGCGCACAUAAACAUUGUUUCAAUUGUUUCAAGUAUAUAAAGAACGAUAAAAUAAAUUAAACAUAAGAAAUUGGUAACUAUUACGAACGGUCACAUGUAAUUUAAUUGAAGAAAAUAUUACACAUGUAUCGAUCAAAGAUACCAUAGAAACGCGCCAUAAGCUCGUAUCGUCGACAAAUUCAUUCCGUUGUCAAAUCAAGAGUUAAAAAUUGAGCUACUCAUAUGACCAACAUGCCUGUCGAUCAAAUUCAGUAUUCCGAAAGAUACACCGAUGAUAAUUACGAAUACAGACACGUCAUUCUUCCUAUGGAUAUAGCGGUACAUGUACCUAAAACACAUUUAAUGUCGGAAACUGAAUGGCGUAAUUUAGGGGUUCAGCAAAGUCCUAGGUGGGUUCAUUAUAUGAUGCAUAGUCCAGAACCACAUGUCUUGCUUUUUCGUCGGCCAAGAAAUCAAAGAGGAAAACGUCUAGUGUAACAAAUAAAUCUUUUUAUAUAAAAAUACGUAAUUGAUGAACUUUUUUUUUGAAGAGGAAAAGUACAUUUAUGUAUACUACUUACAGCAUAUAUAUACAGUAUAUAUAUAUAUAUAUAUAGAUUUAUAUACAUAUGUUUGUGCAUGUACAUACAGUGUAAAAAUAAGUAGUUUAUAUGUAAAUUUUUAAGCAAAUAAUUAUAAGCAUUAAUUUGUUUUAAAUAUAAAUUAAAGUGCCUUUGUAUUUUAUGAUGAUAACGAUUUGUUAGUUAUCUAAGUAUUUUGCUUACAAAUAUAUAUUUAAAUUCCAAUGUAUUGAGUACUUUACAUAAUUUUUUUUAUUAAAUUUUGGUUAACAUCUUCAUUUAUGAAUAUAUUAUAUAUUCCAUAUUUACUUUAAUUUUAGGUGAAGAGACCACACAUAAUGGAUACACGUAUCCAUAGAUGAUAUAUGAAUACAAUAAUAAUAUGCAAUCUAUUACUCGUAUCGUACAACGUCGU